AUGGCUGACCUCUCCGAGCUGGAAGGUGCUGUAAACUGGAAGGAAAGAUGUUUAACUCUGGAGGCACAGCUAAUGAAAUUUCGUCUCCAGGCAAGCAAGAUCAGAGAAUUGUUAGCAGAAAAGAUGCAGCAGCUUGAGAAACAAGUUAUAGAUGCUGAUCGUCAAGCAGAGAGAGCUUUUCAGCAGGUGCAGGUCAUGGAAGAAAAACUAAAAGCAGCUAAUGUUCAAACAAGUGAAUCAGAAAUGAGGUUGUAUAAGAGAUGUCAAGAUCUGGAGAUCCUGAUACAAGAUAAAAAUGACAUAAUACAAAAACUGGAGCAACAACUUGAAGAACAGAAGCAAAUAAGACUGCAAGAAGCAAAAAUCAUUGAAGAAAAAGCAGCUAAAAUAAAAGAAUGGGUGACAGUCAAGCUCCAUGAGUUAGAGGUGGAAAAUCAGAACCUUCGCUUGAUCAACCAAAAGCAAACCAAAGAGAUGAAAACAGUACAGUCUAAACUGCAAGAAGCUACAGGCAAGAAAUCUGUUACUUCAACACAAAAACCUGGAGAGUGCCAGCGACUAAGCAGUUUGACUUUUGGGUGCUUUUCAAAUAGAGCAAGAAGCCCUCAACCAUCUGCUAAGUCUGAAGAAACAAGCAAGUCUUCUUCUAAAGAGUCAGACUACACUGAAGGCAGAAGCAUGCUAGAGAAGGAUAUCCUGGAAACUACCUUUGCUGGUCCUUCACACGAGACCAGUAAAGGUCAGAAGUCAUUGCAACAGAGUUCCUGUGGAUCAGAGCAGAACAAAAACAAAACAAGCUGUUCAUCCAAAGAUAUAGACAGUGACAUGUCAAAGAACUCCUGCACUACUGGGAGUGACUGGAGCUCAGAUGAGGAUGGAGGAGACAAUAAAGGACUGAAAUCCAGGUGUGCAUCAACUCUUUCAAGCCACACGUCUGAAGAGAAUACAAGGUACAGCAGAGUAGGAAGUGAAAUGUAUUUGACAGCAUCUGAUGACAGCAGUUCUCUAUUUGAAGAAGAGAGUUUUGGUAUUCAGAGGACACAGCAGAAGAAAUUAUACUCCUGGCAGCAAAUGUCCCAAAGAAAAGGCCAGAACAAUCCAGGUGGAAAGUGCAACUCUGACUGCACAAGUAAAAAGAAAGACCAAGAUAGUUCUUCAGAUGAACUGAAUAAGAAAUUUCAGUCUCAGAAGCUAGAUUAUUCAUCCUCAUCCAGUGAAGCAAAUACCCCAAGUCCAAUUUUAACCCCUGCUCUGACACCCAAACACCCCAUUCUAACAAGUUCUGCAGGUUCUCAACGCACAGUGCCAUCAGAUUCUCCCUCAAAUUUGCCAUCUCCAAAGUUACGGACUCCUAAUGUGUUUAGUCUAAAUUCAGCAUUAGCAAAGAAACAUCUCAGCCAGCCCCAGCUGAGUUCUGACAGAAUGUUUGGUAGAAAUAGAAAUGCCAUAAGCAUGAUACGGCAGUGGAGGCCUCAGGAAACAGACAUUGAUCUGGUGGAUGGAGAAGAUACUGAUAUCUUAGAGAAAAUGGAGAUUGGCUGUGAUGAAGGAGUGUUUACCUACGAUGGCACUGAAGCACAAAAUGCUGAAGCCCAGGAACCUUGUGAUGUGACAAAAAAGGGUGCUAGUAACAAACCUCCAACCCCUCCGUUACAUCGCUUUCCCUCCUGG